AUGAGAGAGCAGUAUGAGGAGGAGCAGGAGGCCAAAGCUGAGCUGCAGCCCGCUAUGUCCAAGGCUAACAGUGAGGUGGCUCAGUGGAGAACCAUAUAUGAAACUGAUGCCAUUCAGCGCACUGAGGAGCUCGAGGAGGCCAAGAAAAAGCUUGCCCAGCGUCUUCAGGAUGCGGAAGAGUCCAUCGAGGCCAUGAAUGUGAAAUGUGCCUCUCUGGAGAAGACCAAACAGAGGCUACAGGGUGAAGUGGAGGUCUUGAUGAUUGACGUGGAGAGAGCUAAUGCUCUGGCUGCAAACCUGGACAAGAAGCAGAGGAACUUUGACAAGGUUCUUGCAGAGUGGAAGCAGAAGUAUGAAGAGAGUCAGGUCGAGCUGGAAGGAGCUCUGAAGGAGGCGCAUGCUUUGAACACAGAGAUGUUCAAAAUGAAAAACUCCUAUGAAGAAGCUCUGGACCACCUGGAGACCCUGAAGAGGGAGAACAAGAACCUGCAACAGGAAAUAAGUGAUUUGACUGAGCAUAUUAGUGAAACAGGAAAGACAAUUCAUGAACUGGAGAAGGGUAAGAAAACUGCAGAGAAUGAGGUCAAGCCCUUCGUGGAGCCCCAAGAUUUGGACCAAGCAGACUAUUGCUCUUGGUGGAUCCAGCAGCAGCUGGAGGAGGCUAAGAACUUAUCCGUUAAUGUAAAGAUCCUGCCUUCUCCACUGCUGUUGUAG